CUCGUGUAGGAACAUUAUUGACGAAUCGUUUCCAAGUUGCCAGUUUCGCGUGCUUUAGGUAAAAAAUAGUUUUACACUGAGCUGAAAAUACCUAACAAUUUACAAUUCACAUCGAACAUCGCUUUACCUCGAGCCUGUGUAUCGUCGUGCCGAAGACAAGGGUUCGAAAACGAAGAGUAAAAACAAUGUUUAGGUAAAAUUUCGGGUUGUGUCUUCGAAUAUCGCUCGAUGUGGACCUACCAAUGUCAUCGGCCCUUACUUUACAUUUUGGACAAUUCAACUUCGCCAUAAAUUGCGAGCUGGUCUAGGGUCUGCUCACACUCAUCAUCAACCAUGCCAACGGAAUGGAAAAUGGAAUUGGAAAUGGAAGUGGAAUACGGACCUCCGCUGCGCGACAAAAGCAAUGCAUUAUUUCGACAGACAGUUGAGGAUUACUACGAUUGGUUAGGUUGCUGGAUGAUGACGUUGACGUUCAUCUUCGGUCCGCCGUUUUUGCUACUACUCUGCAUAACGACAUCGCUAUGGAUAAUCGGACUUUUGUACUUCUUAUGGAUGUACUAUGACCGCGAAACUCCGCACACCGGAGGCAGAAGAUUGUUGGCGUUCAGGAAAUUGCGAUUUUGGCGAUACCGAAGAAACUACUUCCCGAUCAGACUAGUCAAGACGGCCGAAUUGCCAGCCAACACCACGUACUUAUUUUCUUCAUUUCCACACGGCAUUUUGGUUUUCGGCGCUUCUACCAACUUCAUCAGCGACGCGAAUCAUUUUGACAAAGCUUUUCCAGGCCUCAAUCCUUACAUAAUGACGCUCAAUGCCAAUUUCAACUUUCCAUUUGCCAGAGAAUUGUUAUUAUUUUUCGGCGUUUGCGCAGCUUCGGCCAGAGGUAUUUUGCACGUACUGAACGGACCGCCAGGAAAUGUGUGCGUACUCAUGGUCGGAGGCGUAGCCGAAGCGUUGAAGUCUGUCCCCGGCGAAUAUCACAUAAUUUUGAGGAACCGAAAAGGCUUCGUCAAGAUGGCUUUGAAGACCGGCUCAUCUUUAGUGCCGGUAUUUUCUUUCGGCGAAACAGACACUUACGAACAAGUAUCCGGCAAAUGGUACAGAUGGUUACAAGGCAAGCUAAGAGCCACGACUGGAAUACCGCUCAUCCUAGUCAAAGGUCGGGGAAUACUCAGUCACUCGUUCAGACUUUUACCACAUAAUCGGCCCAUCACUACAGUAGUGGGAAACCCGAUUAAAUUGCCCAAAGAAGAAAAUCCUGGUCCAGAGCUGGUGGAUACAUACCACGAAAUAUUUACGCGAGAGUUGAUCGAGCUAUUCGAAAAAUACAAAGUAAAAUACGACUCGCGAGGAAAAGAUGCCACCUUGAUCAUCGAAUAGACACCUCCCAGUCACCACCAACAAGUUAGCCAUGCGCCAUCCAUCGUGUCAUAAACGCAAAUCCGCCAGAUUUUUCCUUCGGUCCUCCAUUUUUGAAGAAUAAAAUAUACACAGGCAAAAAAAAACUAUAAAAAACGAUGUUUUUUUUGUGUGAUGAUAGUAACUUCUAAGGAGUUAAUAAUUUUGCUUCAAAAUUUUAAAAGCGAACGGGUCCUACUAAGCGAGUGCAAAUCUCUCGAAAAUUCGUAUUCCGAGGGAUAUAAAAACGAUGUUUUUUGUGUAAUGCACUGCUCAAACUGCUUAAUGAAAAAAUUCAUUAUUUAUGCUUCAAAAUUUGAAAAUUUGAAAACAAUUUCCAACUGCACAACUUCGUUUUGGAGCUGCACGUUAGGGUAAGCUCUGGUCAUCGUACACAAUAAUUUAGAAAACGUCCUAUUAAUUUUGUAUCAAUUUGUAAUUGUAUUUGUUGUGGUUUUUAUGCAAUUUAGUCAAUUUUUUCACUAUUUCAUCAAUUUAAAGUUCAUUUCGAUGAAUGUUCCUCCAAUUGUUCAACAACUCGUAAAAAUUCAAGCAUAAAAUAUGUUACAUUGUUUAGGACUCGUUCAUUUUUAGAUAAUUUUUGGCGCUAACGUAGGUUUCUAGUUUUCCAGGGGUUCUCAAAAUUUCGAAAUUGCGAAAAAAUGGAAAACUGGAUUUUUGAGUACCAGCGGAAAAUUUUAUUGAGCUCAAAAUUUGGUAGGAUUAAGGUGUUUCAGAUACUAAUGAACUGUAAAAAUCUCUUUAGCGGGGCUCAAAGGGGUAGAGUCAAAAUAGUGGUUCCAAAAUUUUCCAAAAAUCACCCCCCCUCAUUUCUGCUCCGAGGGUCGAAAAUAGGAAAAUCACCUCGCAUAACGUUUGUCGAGUUCAAACAGAUAUUUUACGCUAAACAAGUUUUUGAAAAUAAUACUCAGUGGUUCCUAAAAUUCUUUUUGUAAUCACAACUUUGGGAACGCCUGGAGACCAAAACAUGAUCAUUUCGAAAUAACCAACCAACGAUUCGUAUUUUGGAUAUUUAUUACAACAUGUUAAGAGUGGUCUAGUCGAUAACUGCCAGGGGGCCAAAAAAUGACCUUACUGGGACUCCUCCUUUACAUCACUGUACAAAAUUGGACUCAUAUUGGAUCAAUAGUUUUCUCUCGACACAAAAAUUUGUGAUUUCAAAAAUGGCCUCAAAAUGCUAAUUUCCGAUCUUCCUGUCUACAAUAUUUUUCACCGUAGAAAGCUUGUAAAAAUAUCAAAUUCGAGCUCUCGUUAUGGCGAAGAACAAUGGAAAAUCUUCGUUCCACUUGAACACAUCAUCAUUGGGUCAAGUGGAACGAAAAGAUUGGUUCAAAAAAAAAAUUCUGGAGCCCAAUUUUUUGGACCUAAUUUGAAAAAUGAGGAGUCAUUUUGUAGCCAAAGGAUGGGACCACACAACAAAAUAUUUACGUGGCCCCAAAGUUCACAUGCAAAAUCAUAGCCAGAAAAUUAAUAUUUCUCGUAAAUUCACUGACAAAUUAAGACGAGGUGGAUUUUUUACAUGUCCGUCCACAUAUUGAUGAAAUAUUUCAAAAAUGCGGUGACAUUUUUUCAAUAUGUUUCACUCUUAAAAUUAUAGCCAGAAAAAUGGUAUUUCUCGUCAAUUCGUUGACAAAUUGGGGGGGGGAGGAAAUUUUGUUCUAAUGUCUCGAAAAUGCAAAAAUUUUCAUUUUUUAGAUUUCUGAUGGCAUUUUUGCAAUAAGAGCUAAACUUGUGAUUUUUUUUCUCGAAAAUGACAAAAAAUGCCAGUCCAAUUUUUUGAUAUCUAUCUAUAUAUUAUAUUAAAAGAAUCAUGUGAAAAUUUGUCUCGCCAGCCCUGGCUUUCCAUAUUAACCGAUUUCGCUCAAUUUUUUUUUUAAAUGUUCCUUAUGAAUGACGUCUAGAGAUGUGCCAUCAAACAUUUAAAAUUCAAAAUUUUUUAGUUUGAGCCUAAGAAAUUAAAAAUGCAUUAUUCAAUAAUUUUUAGCUUUAAUUUACAGACCGAAUAUUUCCUAUUUGCUAAAGCAUUUUAUUUAUUAUCAUAAACAAAAAUUCAAACUUGCAGCCAGGUAUUUCUUUUUGAGGGUUUGAGACCGAAUAUUUCUCAUUUGUUAAGCAUUUUCCUCAUCAUCAAAGAAGUAAAAAUAAUAAGAAUGAAAAUAACAGUAAAAACAAACCCAGAAAAUUUAAAGACCUCAAAAAAAAACCAAGAAAAUAAUUGAAGCACAAAAAAAGUUAAAAAAGAAAUCAACUGUGAAAAAACUAAAUUGGAACCAAAAUUGAACAUGAGAAAACGAGGUGGAAAAACAAAACAUAAAAUAAUUAUAAAAUGAAAUCAAUCCUGAAAAAAACUGAAUGGAACCAAAAGAAAUCAAAUAAAAUUUAAAUCAAAACUGGAAAACAAUUGUAAGAAUAGAAAAUUUUGAAACAAAUAAAUGUACUCAACACUUCAGAAACAAACUAUAAAUCGUUUAAAAAAAUGAAAUGGAGGAAAUUGAAAUACAUAUUUGAAAAUUGAAGUUGAAACUAAGAAAAAAUUAAUGCCCCCCCCCCCAGGGAAAAUGUUUGGAAAUGAAAUGAAACGAAUAUGGUUGAAAAGGAAUAGAAAAUGAAUUUAUGACAAAUAGAUGAAAAAAAAAAAUGAGCAAAAAACAAUAAAAAAUGAAAACAGGAUGGGAAUUAAUAAAUAAAUACAAUAAAAAAUGAAAUAUAAAAAAGGAAUGAAAAGGAAUCAAUUAAUAAUGUAAAAAAAGAAAAUUUUGAAACAAAAAUGGACACUUGAUCGUUGAAAAAGAAAACAUGAAAUUAAGUAAGUAAAUCAAAAUAUUUGGAAAUUGAAACAAAAAACAGAGGUUUGGGGAUUUUCACUCAGAUGAAGGGAAUUUUCACUUGGGAAAAUCAUUGGGAGUUCUUAAACAAUUUUGAAUUUUCAGUGAAAAUAUUUUCAAUUUUUUUGGAUGAUGGGAGGGCAAAACGCAAGCAACCCGAGCGAAACGAUGGUGCGAGCCAACGGUUGGGGUCCGCAGCCCAGGGGGCGAACUUCCUAGUGUUAUUCCAAAUGAAAAGGACUAAAACUGAGAAUUUUUCAGAAUUUUUACUCGCAGACAUCGUGGUUAUAUUUUAAAUUAAAAGUUUUUAAAUCGAUUUUUUUAGGUUUUUGAAAGUGGCAACCCUGGUUUUGACAGCAUUCGUCGAUUACCCUCUCAAAGUACUACAAUUUGAAAAAAAGUUCGAAAUUCUAUACCACGUACAACCGGAUCAGUUUGCAACUGAAAUUUUCCAUUUUCAGCCAUUUUAGAAAACUGUGAAGCCCCACAGUUCUGCCAAAAAAAAAAAAUUGAAAAACUGUCCGGUUUGC